AUUUCCCUCGACCGCGCGGUCGCGGUCGCGCGAAUACGUGCGUAUUUUGGCGGUUUACCAGUUGCACGUUGCACGCGGCACGCGUACCGCGCGCGGCGGCAAAGAGGUCGCUCGUGUCAGCCAACCGGUCGAGGGCGGUUAUCCCGCUCGCGACCAAGUACGAAUCCGCGCGGUGAAAGAGGUGGCGGCGUUGGGCCGAGUGAGUGAGAAAGCGAGUGCAUCAUGGAACUGCGCACGCCGAAACGGGAGUCGCGGCCGUCAGCGGAGGCGUUGGAGCGCAGUCCCUGCGACACGUUUUACCCGUGGAACUGGGGCGAGGAGGCGCGCGUGAAUCUCAGUCCGGGCAGCUCGUGUUCCUCGCCCGAGUACAGGGAGCACGGUGCGGGUGCGGGCGGCGGCGUCGGGUCCAGGAGCCACCGGGAAGGCGUCGGGUUCGAGAGCCACCGUCGCGGCCGACCGCGCGCCGACGCUCUCACGGACCUCAUGAUGCAGGGGAGCACGUCGCCGAGCAACAUCAAGUGCAAGUACUGCAGCCGAGUGUUCCCGCGUGAGAAGAGUCUGCAGGCGCAUCUGCGCACCCACACCGGAGAACGUCCAUAUUUAUGCGAUUAUCCUGGCUGCACAAAGGCUUUUACUCAAUCGGGACAGUUAAAGACUCACCAACGACUACAUACAGGAGAGAAACCAUUUUUAUGUACCGAGCCAGGCUGUGAAACGAGAUUUACUCAUGCCAAUAGACAUUGUCCUGAUCAUCCUUAUGCAAAUUUAACAAGGUCGGAUGAUUUUGUAUUAAAACCAGUAUCUGAAAACAUGGAAUUGCCGCAUGAUGUUACUCGAUGGUUGGAGCGUUACAAGAUGUCGAGAGAACGAGAGGAAAGAACACCAACCGGGAAGAAUGAACGAAAGAAAAAGACGUGGAAGAGCACCGCCGAGAACCACAAAAGGAUAAAAUCUAGAAAAGGCCUGAUGAUGGAUAUGGCAGGAGAGCAAGAAAAUCUCGAUCGCAAACCACCAAGUCAACGCCUAUACUGUAGUGAGAGUCAAGAUAGUCAGGAAGAAAGCCAAGAUGAAGAUCCGACAGGAACAUGCUGCGCAAUACUGCAAACAUCCGAAGACGAAGAAGCAACAAAUGCCAAGUUGGCGAAUACGCCAUUGAGAAGGCCUUUGGAUAGAUUACAACCAAAGAAGCGAUGGCUGCGAUACGCUUGCUUAGAACAAGCACAGUUAGAUUUAAACGGGGAAGUUAGAUCUAACGGUGCAACCUCUGUAUACAAAAUUGAUGAGAAGCAGAGUCUGAAUGGAUCCACGGAAUCAUCCGAGUUACAUUGGUACACGUCACUCAUUCAAGACAAUUCUGUCGCGGACAAUACUACAUCUAUAUCGAAUAUGGACAACGAACUAAUAAUUCAAAAUGCACAAUUGGAAUCUUCUUAUGUCUCUUCUCAAAUAUGGGACAUGAAUCAGAAUAAUGAGUCUUCAAAAACAACGGAGAAGCAUCUAUAUAAGAUUGACGAUUCUUUAAACGAUUGGAAUUGUUUAGAGUCACCAAGUACCUUGCCAAGUAAUCAGAGUAUUUUUAAAACUAGUAUUAAUGAAUACAUUGCAAACACUGAAAAUUCCGAAUUGAUUCAUAUCGACUACACAGAUCACAUCUCUCCUUAUAAAGAGAUAGCGAAUCAAGAUACAUCAACCAAUUUUCACAUCAGUGAAAACGAAACGAGACCAACAGUGUUAAUGUUGGCUGGUAGUUCAAGCAGCAACAAAGUAGAGAUCGUUUCAACAAUACCUACUGUAACGAAUGUUGAUAGAACGGAAACGAAAAUAAUUGAUAUUAAGACAGAGAACAAUAUAACCAAGUCACCAAUACAGGAAGACAAUAAGAAAUGGCUAGGUGCUCUGGCACUGAUGGAAUUGGCUAAGACGCAGGAAGAAGCAAAGAUUUUAAGUCUUAAACAUGAUAUAAACAACGAAUGUUUCACGGCUUUAGAAUUAUCAUCAUAGCCAUUUAUAUAGACUGUGAUUAUUCUGAUUAUUAUAACUUUGUUAUUUUUAUACGCAAGAAAAACAGAAAAAGCUCCUAUGUCCAUACUCGCAUGACAAUUCAUUACAAGCGCAAAAGUGGCCUGAUUAAGAAUGUUUCAGUUCUAUGACACAUCUUUCUAUAUUGAUUAUAUUAUUACUCUUUACUAUUACGCGAUAAAUUGUGUUUAUUCUAUAAUUGGGAUUUUUUUUCUGAAUUUUUUAAUUUCAUGUGUUAAUGUAUUAUACUUGUAUAAAACGAGAAAUUAAUUUUCUUCCAUGUAAUAUUCUGAAAACAGUUCAAAAAGUAAAUCAAAGAAAUCAAAAAAUUUUAAAUUUAACACAUGAUAAUCCAUACAAUCGAUCUAUCAAAUCAAUUUACUAAAAGUAUCUAAUAGGUUUUUUAGUUACUUUCUACAUUACAAAACAAUAUUGUAUAAUAAGCAUGUAAACAUAUCUACAUGUUAAUUUCCUUUGCAACGCCACAGUUUUUAUGUUAGGUAUGUUAUAAGACGUUGAUUACUAUGUUAUAAUAAAAACUUGUGUGAUACUUGUGUUAAGAAUAAUAAUAAAUACGAUAAGAUGAAAAACAUAUGAAAUAAUGUCGAAAAUAUUGAAUGAGUUUAUAAUUGAAAGGAUAUUUAAUUGCAGAACAAAAUCAUUUUAUUUAUUAAGUAUGUAAUAAAAGGCUAAAAUAGAAU